AUGACAUUAUUUACCCGCGGCUUGUUCGUUAUUCAACCAAUGUGGCGGAUGUACGGCGAAUAUCGAUUUCCCUACUGCAGCCGCCGUUAUUGCUCCAGGGCUCAUCUGUCGUCCAAUUUUUCACCAACCAUUUCACGUGCGAAAAAUUUGAGGUACUUUUUCUUUUUCGUUUCAAUUAUUUUCCUUAAACUUCUGAGAGUUUCUCUGAUAGAUCGAAAUUUGCAGAAUUAAAACCGUCCGUUUUUAUUUUGAAAUUUCUAUGCAAACGGAAAUCUAGGAAUAGUUUCAAUUUCUGGCAUAAUGGAACUAUGGUAUUAAUUUCAGUUUUUCUAGGAAAUGAAAUAUAAUACGCCUUUCAAUUUCCCUAAAGAAAAUCUAGCCUUCAUGUGACUCAAUUCGCUAGCAGAUUAAAAAUCUAGUAUUCCUAUUAUUUUUCUCAGAAGGUUCAUUCGUCAAAAGCCCUAUUUUUCUUCUUGAUGAUCAGCGUUACUGUGGCUGCAAAUGGAAGAUCUCGUCGAGUGAUUGGAGCAAACCUAAAGGCGAUUUUGACGUCAUUUAUCUUUAUAAUUAAAAAAAUAGUUCAGGCCUAUGGAAGUGGUCGUCUUCUUAUUUGUGAGUUAGAUAAAGAGACUCUCAUAAACUCGCCAAAUGUUGUUUCGAGGAAGUUUGACUUUCAAAGAGAUCAAAAAAAACCAUCAUUUCACAGAAAUAAAGUUAGAAAAGUCUUGGAAAAAGUGGUCGAAUGGGUUUCACUUCUGAUUCGGUUAUGCUUGCCUUUUUUAUUUUCUGCUGCCAGGAAGCCUUUUAGACCCUCUGCAUUUUCUCGUAAAAUCCCGAUCAGUUCAUUCUCUUCUUCUCCAAUCCAGGUAUAACUUUUCACCUGGAAAAAAUUAUCGAAAGCUUUCAGAAGUUAACGGAUGAUCUUCUGCUGAAUAUUUUUUCCAAGUUUGAUGCAGAAAGUGUCAUUUCCUGUGAACUGGUGUGUCGAAGAUGGUCAGGAAUUAUCAAUGAAAACCUGAAUGAAUUGCCAAAAAAAUUUCUACGGAUCAGGUUUUUUUCAAUUUUUCUUAUAAAAUUUUUGAAAUUCUUGCUCUUUUUUUGAAUUUGACAGCAAACUUUUUAAGAUUCGCGCUCUAUUUGACGAAGGAGAAGUUGUAA